AUGGUGAUAGACUCUGGGAGCGAUUCUCUCUCUUAUCCUGCUCCUGUUCAAGAGGAAGUAGGGGAGGUGUCGAAGAGACAGAUCCCGGUUACUCUCCUUUCGGGCUUCCUUGGGAGUGGUAAAACGACCCUUCUCGAACAUAUACUCCAGUCACCCGACCAUGGGCUGCGUAUCGCUGUUGUUGUGAACGAUAUGAGCAAACUGAACAUUGACGCAGCUUUGAUCACCCAUCACAGAGUGUCGCAGACGCAAGAGAAGCUCAUUCAACUGCAAAAUGGAUGUAUCUGCUGUACUUUGCGUGGGGAUUUGUUGUCCGAGCUCGCUCACCUCGCCCGUCAGGCCGAUGUGCAGUAUGUUGUGAUCGAGAGUACGGGCAUCAGUGAGCCAAUGCAGGUGGCCGAAACAUUCACAGCUGAGUUCAGCAAGGCAAUGUUACAGGCGGAUGAGGAGAUGAUGGUUGAUGAUGAUAGCCGCAAGAUUUUAACAGAGAUAGUCAACCUCGGAGGGUUGCACACGCUCGCUAGACUUGAUACCACAGUCACAGUAGUCGACGCCUUUAACUUUCUUGCUAGUUUUGAUACUGCCGAGUUUCUAUCGGACCGAUAUGGAUCCAAGGAAAUUAUCCCAGAGGAUGAGCGGACCAUUUCUGACCUCAUGGUCGACCAGAUCGAGUUCGCAGAUGUGCUCAUCAUCAAUAAGAUAGAAACUGUGGAUGAAGCCACGCGAGUCAGAAUCCGAAGACUGUUACAGACCCUUAAUCAUGAGGCCAAGGUACUCGAGACAAGCUAUUCACGAGUCGACGUCAAGGAAAUUCUCGAUACGGGCAAGUUCAACUUCCUCAAGGCGGCCUCGGGAGCUGGUUGGUUACGAAGUUUGCAUGAGAUGAGCAUACAGACGACAGAAAAUGGGGAAAGAAUGGCCCCCAAACCGGAGACGAUAGAUUUCGUGUACACGGCUCGACGACCGUUCCAUCCUCGUCGACUGUUCUCCCUGCUUCACGAUAAGUUCAUCCUGCUUCAGAGCAACGAAGCCGAAGACGAUGAAGAAGAGGAGGAGGAGGAGGAGGAAGGUAAGAGAGGAGAAGUAGAGGACAACAUGGAAGUAGAUGAGGACGAGGACGAGGACGACGAUGAAAGCAUCGCGGAUUUUGACCAACCAGAUCCAUCAAUUAUCCUGGCAAACAAACGCAAUCACCCUGCCUUUGGCUCGGUUCUUCGCUCCAAAGGAUUCUUUUGGUUGGCUACCCGACCGUUCCAGUUUGGAGAAUGGAGCCAGGCCGGUGGCAUGUUAACGGUUGGCUGCGGAGGGCCAUGGUUCGCGGAGGUGCCAGACGAGGCAUGGCCCGAAGAUCUCGAUGUACGAAAGUCCAUUGAGAAUGACUUUAUGGAGCCUUGGGGAGACCGAAGACAGGAGAUAGUUGUCAUCGGAGAGAGCAUCGAUAGCGAGUUGGUGGCGAAAUCGCUGGACGAAUGCCUCCUGGACGACGAAGACAUGGAGCGAUGGGCAACGGUGAUGCAAAAUAAAACGAUGUCACACCUAGAAAAGCAGGAGGAGAUGGAGAGGUUGUGGGAAGACGGAUGGGAAGCAUGGCCCGAGUUUGGUAUUGAGGACGAAGAGGAAGAGGAAGAGGAAGAGGAGGAGGAGAAGAAGAAGAAGAAGCAGAAGAAGCAUCGCACCAGCGAGUUUCAAAAGCACAACCACUCUCAUGGACAUGUGCAUACCCACAAAUAG